UUCCCUAUAAGAAAAUCUGUCCUGUUAGAUUAGGGGGUCAUCCUCAUGACUUCAUUUAACCAUAAUUAAUUUCUAAAAGGCCCUAUCUUGAGAUAUGGUUGUGAUAUUGGAACUGACUCCCUAAAAUAUGUAUCAAAAUGUGGCCCCUUGAAGUUCCCCAGAAGUCCCAAAGGAAUGCCACAUGUUAUUGGAAUUUGAGGUGCCACACGAUAUCACCGUAUGCUUAUUAAUAAAUCCCCAAUAUUAAUAAGCCUGAGAGGGUUCUUGCCUAAUAUUUAGAGAAGAAUUCUAAAUACCAGAUUCAAUAAAUGAGGCAGCAUGGUACAUUUUAGGCUUUUGUUUAGUGCGAAAGAUGCAUAAGAGAGUGAGAGCUUUAUUUAAGAGCGAGAGGUAAAUCUGGGUUCAUACCGAGCACCAGGAACCAGCCACGUGGAGGAACAUCUAGGCCACGAAGCCUAAAGGGGAGUGGUUAAUUAACCUGAUUGGCUGGUGGGCACCCAGGUGUGGCCAGGUAGGGGCAUGAAGUCACACAGGGGCGUGGCAAAGGCGUGGUCUUCCAGCUCACAAACCUAAUCGAUUUUAACCUGUAAGCCUGACUACUUGAGUUGGGCCCACAUGGUAGCAUAACGAAUAAAGCUGCCCUGUCCGCGGGCAUCACAUAUGGUUCCAGUUUGUGUCCCAGCUACUGCACUUCCAAUGCAGCUUCCUGCUAAUGGCCUGGAAAAAGCAGUUGAAGAUGGCACAAGUGCUUGGGCCCCUGCCACCACCUACAUGGGAGACUCAGAUGUAGCUCCUGGGUCUUGGGUGCUGACUUCAACCUACCUCUGACCUGGCCAUUAUGAUCACUUUGGGAGCAAACCAGUGGAUGGAAGACCUCUCCUCCCGCCCCAACUCUGACUUCUAAAUAAAUAAAUAAAUCUUCAGAAAAAAAGAUGUGCCCAGCCUGGAGGUCAGGGAUUCAAUAUAUUAAUUUAGAGAGGUACACAGUUCAAUCCAUAACUAUCUACUCUCAAAAUCUCAUCCUUCCCAUGAAUAAAUUAUAAUCACGACCCUAUUAAGGUCUUGAAAUAUUAACCAGCAGCUCAUCGUGAAGCAAAGAAACCAAGCCAGACAGUCUCAAGGAUCUCCAAAAAUCCCUUGAAGCUGAUUUUGUUGGGCUUUAGCUCUCAAUUAAAAUAUUUUAUGUAAGCUCAUCUUUGUUUACAAAAGACAAACCUUGGCCAUCUGCAGGAGCUUUCAGAGUACUUAACACCUUAUAGAAGAGCAGAAAAUCUUGCCCCUCAGCAGGUCAACUUUACACAAGAGGAGAUGAAGGUACACCAGAUCUUUUGAGAGGGGAGAAGAAAAUGAAUUUAACUCCCAUCCUGCUCAUCCACCGUCCAACUCAACACAGUAAAAAUAGGCUUAGAGAUCUUGAGACAGAUUAGAUAUAUAGAUUUAAAUAUAUAGCUCUUACAUAAUUUAACAAACUGGGAAAGUCCAACAAUUUCAACUGGCAUUAUUUAUUUAAAUUAAAUAUGUAUUUCUUUGUCCAUUGCAAAAAGAUAUUUAAAUGUAUUAUCUCAGUGGUGGGAAUACCUACAUCCAGAAUCAUAAAUCUAGAGCCAAGAGACUCUAGAACUCUAUUCUAAAAAGCUAAUGCAUUUGUCAGGACUUAUUGAAAAGAGGUGAGCAGCUGGCAAUUGGGUAAAGAGUUCCCUGAGACAGGAGUAGGAGCCCUACUUAUCUUGGAGACACAUGUAAAUUUUUUAAAAUUUCUAUCCCUUCAUUCUUUCUUCCUUGUAUCUUAUUUAUUCUCUGAAACUCCUUAUUUUUCUCCUAUUUUCAUCUUUUUCCCUGGUGUACCUUAACUUCUCAAUGGCAUUCUUAAACCUUUUAUUUCCUAUGCACACCAGGCUGCGCCAUAACUGUGCAACAUGGCUACCACAUCUUUGCUACAAGAAAAUUUUCCAUUAUUUCAUAAGUUAUGAAUGAAUUUUUAUAGAAGAAAUAGCAUGACUUAAUAUAGCAAAGCUGAAGAAAGUUGGUGGAAAAUGGAAUUUAAAAGUACAAUUUUCCAUCAACUUUUUGAACCCCCCUUGUAUGUAUUUAAUAAUCAAAUGGAAUCUGGUUCCCAAUAUGUCUUCAGAAAUUUUAGCCUUACAAAUGGUUAGUGAAAUUAUUUUCUCAACCAGAACAAUAACAUGAACAUCUAAGCAUUUUACAUUUAUCCUACUGACUUAUGGAAUAAGACUCAGCAAGGGGAAGGAGAUGGGUAUGACAGCAAAGGACAAUUUCUGAAAGUUGUUUAGGCAAGACAUGCAGAGUUGAUGUUUGCAGGACAAAGUUAUGAAUCAUCUUAUUAAUAGUUCAAACAAAAACAGCAGGCACUUGCUUAAGAGAUUACACCUCAUUUUCUUAAUAUUUCCUAUGGAUUUACAUGUAUAUUAAUUAUGAAGGGAAACAUGGCCUCAUCUCUUUGGGUAGAUUCUGUCUCUUCUCCCACACAUACACCAUACACCAUACACCAUACACCAUACACCAUAUACCCCCAGCUUAAUUUUCUCUGUAAAACAGUGCUCAGGAGGCCGGCGCCGUGGCUCACUUGGUUAAUCCUCCGUCUGUUGCGCCGACAUCCCAUAUGGGCGCCAGGUUCUAGUCCUGGUCGCUCCUCUUUCACUCUCUGCUGUGGCCCAGGAGGGCAGUGGAGGAUGGCCCAAGUGCUUGGGCCCCUGCACCGGCAUCAGAGACCAGGAAGAAGCACCUGGUCCUGGCUUCAGAUCGGCGCAGCACCAGCCAUAGCAGCCAUUUUGGGAGUGAACCAACGGAAGGAAGACCUUUUUCUCUGUCUCUCUCUCUCUCACUGUCUACAACUCUACCUGUCAAAUAAAAAAAAAAAUUAAAUAAAAAAAUUAAAAAAAAAACUUAGAGCUCAGAACCCAAGUCCUUUCUUGCAACUUUGAUGCAUGUUUGAAACUUUUCAUGAGAUAAUGCUAGAGAAUAUGUCCAAGUUCUCUUUCCUGUUUCCUAUCUUUCUUGUUUCUUAUCCUUUGAGUAACUGAGGUAUAUUGAAUUCUGAAGAAAUUGAUACUUGGAUAUAUCCGUAACUUGAUAAUAAAGGUUAAAAGACAAAGAGAGUGAUUGAGAAUCUCAGAGCAACUCAUCAAUAAGGGGUAAAUUCCUCAGAGGCAAACAGGGGAGAGAUGAAAACAGGACUCUAAGAGCUAUAAAACAUCUCAUUGGCUUCCCUAAAUACUGUGUCAUCUGGGGCUGGCGCUGUAGCACAGCAGGUUAACGUCCUGGCCUGAAGCAAGCACCGGCAUCCCAUAUGGGCGUCAGUUCAGGACCCGGCUGCUCCAUUUCCAAUCCAGCUCUCUGCUCUGACCUGGGAAAGCAGUAGAAGAUGGUCCAAGUCCUUGGGCCCCUGCAUGCUUGUGGGAGACCCAGAAGAAGCUCCUGGCUCCUGGCUUCAGAUCGGCACUGCUCUGGCCGUCGCAGCCAUCUGUGGAGUGAACCAGCAGGGGGAAGACCUCUCUCUCUCUCUCUGCCUCUCCUCUCUCUGUGUGACUCUGACUUUCAAAUGAAUAAAUCUUAAAAAAAAACAAAAACAAAAACAAAAAACUGUGCCAUCUGGCAACACGUCUCACUCCAAAAGACAAAAGACACCGAAGAGGUUAGCUAGCAUUAGAGAAGGGGUGAAACGGCAUUUUGGGGUGUGAAAUCCAUCUUCCACGUGAGGUCUUUGGUGUGUACUUCAGAUGUCUGACUCCUCGAGGUUCCAGGUGGAGGUGGUGGGUUGUCUAAGCAUUUCACAUCAUCAGGGCCUUGCUGCAUCUGAGCUCAGCGGUCAAGGGCAGACAACCAGAACCUAAGGAAGUAGCUGCAGAGUAUCUAACACAGAGUUUCCUACACAGAGUAUGGGAGAGACUGGGUGAGGGUGAGCACUAACAUACAGGAAGCCCAGAGGAGCAAUCCUACUUGAAAAGAUGCUUUCAUAAACAUGGAAGCCCACUUUGUGCUUUGUCUCUGGCAGACACCAUUAUAUAUAGAUAUUCAAUACACACAAGUCAGACGGGCUAAAUUGCAGCCUCUCGUCAGUAAAUGCCCCAGUUGUUUGGAGUAAAAAAAUGGUUUAGAUUAGCACCCGGGCACUCUGACAAAGGUCCAGAGGGAGUUGGGGGACUUGCCAAUACCAUUAGCAUUUUUUUCUUCUUUUUCCAGAAGCACUAAAAUAUGUUUGCUCAAAACAGAGGGAGAUGAAAAACUCCUGGCAGCCGGUACCUCUUUAAAGAAAAAAAAAAGAAAGAAAAAGAAAGAAACAUGUUUCACUUCUCUAGCAAACACACCAAUUAAAACGAUGCUGUGUUGUGACAAAUUACUGAGCAAUUAAUGCCUAAUUGAACGCUGUGCUAGAUGCUUCUGUGAAAGCAACUUUACUGGGCUGGGGGUGGCCACACCUCACAGCACAACAAACCUUCCUGAAACUUCCCAAAGUGCUUUCCACUCCGGGGAGCCCAGAAACUGAAAAAAAAAAUGUUUUUCUUAAAUAUCCAAGAGUUACACUGAAAGAAAUAGCUUGGAAGAAAGAUCCUAGCAUUGAGAAUCCUACUGGGAAUUUCAUACUUUGCUCAUUUGUAAGCAAAAUCCAUUUUCAUCAAGAUAUUUUUAGCACAAGUAUCCCCUGUUGUGCUAUUCUCUUUCAGUAUACCAUUAGAUCCGGAGGCCAUUCCAGAUGGGGCACGUGGUUUCUAAGCAUCUCUUUGAUUCUCUAAAGUGACUAGUUAGCAGGAGGAUGGGAAUACUAGACUUAACUACCAGACCUCCAAACCCUUCCUGUUGCCUUGGAUUGCUUAUUGAUAGGAUGUGAAAACGCCUUGCAGCUGCUUUUUCUAAGAGGUCAGCUUGGCAGAGCUCACUGAGUGACCUCUGUAAUAGAGAUAUUUUCAGCCCUACAAGCCGCCUAUGUAAAUAUAAAAAUGUAUUAGGCUGCAGAACUGCAUGUGUGGGAACAGAACAACCCUAUUAUUGAGAGCGAAUCACAGGGGAACACUGGUGUCGCUCAAGCGGCUUUGGUUAACGCAUGCAUACUUUUGAUAAAUCGUCUUGAUUCAGUGUAUGCUACGUUUCAGAUGAGCCAAUUUCAUUUCUGGAACUUAUAAGCUAUGAAAACUAAAACUCCCAUCACUUAAUGAAGUAUUGAGUAAAAUUUUCUCCAGGAAGUCUUGACAAUUUUUAUAAAAACAAUCAUUUUCACUCUGUAUAUGAUGCACAUUUGCCUUGGGGAAAACAUCAGUGUGAAGUCCGAUGUUCAGUUGUUUAAUCUGAAAAAGAGUGAUUUAUUUGUGUGUCUGAGUGAGAACAGUAUAUUUAUUCAAACUUCUGACCCAGGAGUCAAAGAGAGUCAUCGUAACAGAAAACAUGCUCACAUGCUCUCAAAAUGUAUUGAGAAAUACUCACAGAAAGAAACGCUGUGAUAUUCUUGAGUGUGUUCUGUUUCCGUGGAUCCAAUCUUUCCAAUCUCUGCAUCCAAGCUAUUUGGCCCUGAUCAGAUGAUCAGAGCUCAAGGAAGUGAUUGGAGAGUGAGCCGGCUGCAAGCUGCAGUGUAGGCUGUUUCAGGGACAAGGAGCCACUGUUUUUCAAACAUAGCAUCAACAUAGAAGUUAUUCCGUAGGCUCCAGGAUGCAGCGAUGGGCUGCACUGCCAGCAUUGUUCUGCUUCAAGCUUUUCGCUCUGUGGUCCAGAGGAGCUGUCCACACAUUUGUAGACGACGCCAGGAGGAACCAUCCCACGAAAUUUUGCCUCUGGAAAGUGACGAUGAAAUGAGUAGACCUAGAACCCUCAUCAUAAUGCAGGAAAAACCUAGGCUUCUGGAGCCUUUGGAUUAUGAAACUGUCGUUGAAGAACUUGAGAAGACCUACCAGAGUGAUCCUCUUCGAGAUCUUCUAUUCUUCCCCAGCGAUGACUUUUCAACAGCCACAGUAUCUUGGGAUAUCCGAACACUGUACUCAACAGUACCUGAAGAUGCAGAGCGCAAAGCAGAAAAUUUACUGGUGAAAGAGGCUUGUAAAUUUUAUAGUUCCCAGUGGUAUGUAGUAAACUACAAAUAUGAACAAUAUUCUGGAGACAUUCGACAGUUACCCCGAGCAGAAUACAAACCAGAGAGACUACCUUCACAUUCCUUUGAGGUUGACCAUGAAGAUGCUGAUAAGGAUGAAGAUACCACUUCCCACUCAUCUUCCAAGGGUGGUGGGGCAGCAGGAGGAACUGGAGUUUUUAAGUCUGGCUGGCUCUACAAGGGGAAUUUUAACAGCACUGUGAACAAUACUGUUACUGUUCGGUCAUUCAAAAAGCGUUACUUCCAGCUGACUCAGUUGCCAGAUAACUCCUACAUUAUGAAUUUUUACAAAGAUGAAAAAAUAUCCAAAGAACCCAAAGGCUGCAUCUUUUUGGAUUCCUGUACAGGUGUGGUGCAGAAUAACAGACUAAGAAAAUAUGCCUUUGAACUGAAAAUGAACGACCUGACCUAUUUUGUGCUGGCAGCGGAGACAGAGUCAGAUAUGGAUGAAUGGAUCUACACUCUCAACCGCAUCCUGCAGAUCAGUCCCGAGGGAUCCCUUCAGGGGAGGAGGAGCACAGAGCUCACGGAGCUGGGGCUGGAUUCACUGGAUAAUUCUGUGACUUGUGAAUGCACGCAGGAAGAAAUGGAUUCUUCAGAGAACAACCUCCACCCAGACUUUGCAAAAUACCUCACAGAAACUGAAGAAACAGUUAAAACAACUAGAAACAUGGAGAGGCUAAAUCUGUUCUCCCUGGAUCCAGAUAUCGAUACCUUGAAACUUCAAAAGAAGGACCUUUUAGAAGCUGAUUUGGGGAUCAAACCCUUUGAAGAAAAGGCUGCCAAGAGAAUCAUGAUCAUUUGUAGAGCUCUCACCUUAAAUCUUCAGGGGUGUGUUACAGAGAAUGAAAAUGAUCCAGUAACGAAUAUUGAGCCUUUUUUUGUGAGCAUGGCACUUCAUGACCUCAGAGACAACAGGAAGAUUUCUGCAGAUUUCCAUGUGGAUCUCAACCACGCCGCCGUCAGGCAGAUGCUCCCGGGGGCUCCUGUGGCUUUGGAAAACGGCAACGUCGACACGGUCACUCCAAGACGAUCAGAGGAGCCUCGUGUCAAAGGAUUUCCAGAGGAAUGGCUGAAGUUUCCAAAGCAGGCUAUAUUUUCUGUAAGCAAUCCACAUUCUGAAAUUGUUCUGGUGGCCAAAAUUGAGAAAGUCCUGAUGGGAAGCAUUGCAAGUGGUGCUGAACCCUAUAUUAAGAAUGCAGACUCCAACAAGUAUGCACAAAAGUUACUAAAAUCCAACAGGCAGUUCUGCAGCAAAUUGGGAAAAUACCGAAUGCCAUUUGCUUGGGCCGUGAGAACAAUAUUUAAAGACAAUCAAGGAAAUGUGGACAGAGACUCAAGAUUUUCACCAUUGUAUAGACAAGAAAGUAGCAAGAUUUCAACUGAAGACCUGCUUAAAUUAGUGUCAGAUUAUAGAAGGGCUGACCGAAUGAGCAAAACUCAAACCAUCCCUGGAAGCCUGGAUAUUGCUGUUGACAACGUUCCUUUGGAGCAUCCAAACUGUGUAACAUCGUCCUUUAUCCCUGUCAAGCCUUUCAACGUGAUGGCUCAAGCAGAACCCACGGUGGAGGUGGAAGAAUUUGUUUAUGACACAACCAAGUACUGCCGGCCUUAUAGAGUGUACAAAAAUCAAAUUUACAUUUACCCCAAACAUCUCAAAUAUGAUAGCCAGAAAUGUUUUAACAAGGCACGAAAUAUAACCGUGUGCAUUGAAUUCAAAAAUUCCGAUGAAGAAGGUGCCACGCCCCUAAAGUGCAUUUAUGGAAAACCCGGAGGCCCCCUCUUCGUCUCGGCCACCUACACAGCCGUUCUACACCAUUCGCAGAAUCCAGAUUUCUCGGAUGAGGUGAAAAUCGAGCUACCAACACAACUUCAUGAAAAACACCAUAUUUUGUUUUCUUUCUAUCAUGUCACCUGUGACAUAAAUGCAAAAGCUAAUGCCAAAAAGAAGGAGGCUCUGGAAACAUCAGUUGGCUAUGCUUGGCUUCCUCUGAUGAAGCAUGAUCAGAUAGCUUCUCAAGAAUAUAACAUCCCAGUAGCAGCAAGUCUGCCUCCCAAUUACUUAAGCUUCCAGGAUUCUACAAGUGGAAAGCAUGGUGGGAGUGACAUUAAAUGGGUGGAUGGUGGCAAGCCACUUUUCAAAGUAUCAACAUUUGUCGUAUCAACAGUCAAUACUCAGGAUCCACAUGUGAAUGCAUUUUUCCAACAGUGCCAAAAACGAGAGAAAGAUAUGUCUCAGUCACCUACCUCAAAUUUCAUCCGCUCUUGUAAGAAUUUAUUGAACGUGGAAAAAAUCCAUGCAAUCAUGAGUUUUCUGCCUCUAAUCUUGAAUCAGCUCUUCAAGGUGCUGGUGCAGAAUGAAGAGGAUGAAAUAAGCACAACCAUCACCAGGGUUCUGACUGACAUUGUGGCCAAGUGCCAUGAGGAGCAGCUAGACCAUUCUGUCCAGUCAUACAUUAAGUUUGUGUUCAAGACCAGUUCAUACAAGGAGAGAACUAUACAUGAAGAACUGGCUGCAAAUGUGACUGGUCUUUUGAAGUCCAAUGACUCAAUAACAGUGAAGCAUGUCUUGAAGCAUUCAUGGUUUUUCUUUGCAAUUAUCCUAAAAUCAAUGGCACAGUACCUGAUUGACACAAAUAAAAUUCAGCUUCCCCGGGCUCAAAGAUUUCCUGAGUCUUACCAAAAUGAACUGGACAAUCUUGUGAUGGUCUUAUCCGACCACGUGAUUUGGAAAUACAAAGAUGCAGUUGAAGAAACAAGAAGAGCAAACCACAGCAUUGCCAGAUUUCUUAAGCGCUGCUUCACAUUUAUGGACCGAGGAUUUGUGUUUAAGAUGGUCAACAAUUACAUCAGCAUGUUCUCCUCUGGUGAUCUCAAGACCUUAUGCCAGUAUAAAUUUGAUUUUCUUCAGGAAGUAUGUCAACAUGAGCACUUUAUUCCUUUGUGUCUCCCCAUAAGAUCAGCGAACAUUCCAGAUCCUGUGACACCUUCAGAAUCUACUCAAGAGUUACAUGCAUCAGAUAUGCCUGAAUAUUCAGUCACAAAUGAGUUUUGCCGAAAACACUUCUUAAUUGGAAUUCUGCUCAGAGAAGUUGGUUUUGCCCUGCAGGAAGACCAAGAUAUCAGGCACUUAGCAUUAGCUGUCCUGAAAAACCUAAUGGCUAAACAUUCAUUUGAUGAUCGAUACAGAGAACCAGGAAAGCAGGCCCAGAUAGCAAGUUUGUACAUGCCCCUGUACGGCAUGCUUCUGGACAAUAUGCCAAGAAUUUACCUGAAGGACCUAUAUCCCUUUACUGUCAAUACAUCUAAUCAGGGAUCUAGAGAUGAUCUAAGCACUAAUGGAGGAUUUCAAACCCAGACAACAAUGAAACACGCAAACUCUGUGGAUACCUCAUUUUCUAAAGAUGUUUUAAAUUCCAUAGCAGCAUUUUCAUCAAUAGCUAUUUCUACAGUAAACCAUGCUGAUUCCAGAGCAUCCUUGGCAAGUCUUGAAUCCAACCCAAGUACCAAUGAGAAGAGCAGUGAGAAGACUGACAACUGCGAAAAGAUCCCAAGACCUUUGUCUUUGAUUGGCUCAACGCUUCGAUUUGACAAGUUAGAUCAAGCAGAAACAAGGAGUCUUCUUAUGUGCUUUCUUCACAUUAUGAAAACAAUUUCAGAUGAGACUCUCAUCGCCUAUUGGCAAAGAGCUCCCAGUCCUGAGGUGUCCGACUUCUUCAGCAUCUUGGAUGUUUGUCUUCAAAAUUUCAGAUACCUAGGAAAACGCAAUAUAAUAAGAAAAAUUGCUGCUGCGUUUAAAUUUGUGCAGUCCACCCAGAACAAUGGAACUCUCAAAGGAUCCAAUCCUGCCUGCCAGACAUCGGCUCUCUUCCCACAGUGGAUGCACAACACUUCUAGCCAUGAAGGACAUAAGCAGCACAGAUCACAAACUUUACCUAUAAUUAGAGGCAAAAAUGCACUUUCUAACCCCAAACUCUUACAGAUGUUAGACAAUACCAUGACCAGUAACGCCAAUGAAAUAGACAUUGUGCACCAUGUAGACACUGAAGCCAAUAUAGCUACAGAGGUUUGCCUCACUAUUCUAGACCUGUUAUCUCUCUUCACUCAGAUGCACCAGAGACAACUCCAACAAUCUGACUGUCAGAAUUCACUGAUGAAAAGGGUCUUCGACACCUACAUGCUCUUUUUCCAAGUCAAUCAGUCAGCUACAGCACUGAAACAUGUAUUUGCCUCUUUAAGACUGUUUGUUUCCAAGUUUCCUUCAGCGUUCUUCCAAGGGCCUGCCGAACUCUGUGGGUCAUUCUGCUAUGAAGUACUGAAAUGCUGUAACCACAGGUCACGGUCAACUCAGACAGAAGCCUCAGCACUUCUCUAUUUCUUCAUGAGGAAGAAUUUUGAAUUUAACAAGCAGAAGUCGAUUGUCCGGUCCCACUUACAACUCAUCAAGGCUGUAAGCCAGUUAAUAGCCGAUGCUGGCAUUGGAGGCUCUCGAUUUCAACAUUCCCUUGCAAUUACCAACAAUUUUGCGAAUGGAGACAAGCAAAUGAAAAACAGCACUUUCCCAGCAGAGGUGAAAGACCUGACUAAGCGGAUAAGGACUGUUUUGAUGGCCACAGCUCAGAUGAAGGAGCAUGAGAAGGACCCUGAGAUGUUGGUGGACCUCCAGUACAGCCUGGCAAACUCCUAUGCCAGCACCCCUGAACUGCGGAGGACCUGGCUGGAAAGCAUGGCCAAGAUUCACGCAAGAAAUGGGGACUUAUCCGAGGCUGCCAUGUGCUACGUCCAUAUAGCUGCCCUCAUUGCAGAAUACCUGAAAAGAAAGGGUUACUGGAAAAUGGAAAAGAUUUGCACAUCAUCCCUGCUCCCAGAGGAUACCCACCCCUGUGAUAGCAAUGUCUUACUAACAACUCCAGGUGGAGGAAGCAUGUUCUCUAUGGGAUGGCCGGCUUUUCUGAACAUUACACCAAAUAUUAAAGAAGAAGGAGCAAUGAAAGAGGAUUCGGGAAUGCAAGAUACACCAUACAAUGAGAAUAUACUCGUGGAGCAGCUAUAUAUGUGUGUAGAGUUUCUUUGGAAGUCUGAGCGAUACGAACUCAUCGCUGAUGUCAACAAGCCCAUCAUUGCUGUCUUUGAGAAGCAACGCGAUUUCAAAAAAUUGUCAGAUCUUUACUAUGACAUUCAUCGGUCGUAUCUAAAAGUGGCAGAAGUGGUCAAUUCCGAGAAGCGGCUGUUUGGUCGGUACUAUCGAGUGGCAUUUUAUGGCCAGGGAUUUUUUGAGGAGGAAGAAGGUAAAGAGUAUAUUUAUAAAGAGCCAAAGCUGACAGGUCUCUCCGAGAUUUCCCAAAGACUGCUCAAACUCUACGCAGAUAAAUUUGGAGCAGACAAUGUGAAGAUAAUCCAGGACUCCAACAAGGUAAACCCCAAGGAUUUGGACCCAAAAUAUGCCUACAUCCAAGUGACCUAUGUCACUCCAUUCUUUGAGGAAAAGGAAAUAGAAGACCGGAAGACGGAUUUUGAAAUGCACCACAACAUCAAUCGCUUUGUCUUUGAGACGCCAUUUACACUGUCGGGCAAGAAGCAUGGUGGCGUGGCGGAGCAGUGCAAGCGUAGAACUGUCCUGACAACGAGUCACUUGUUCCCUUAUGUGAAGAAGAGGAUACAAGUCGUAAGCCAAUCAAGCACAGAACUGAAUCCCAUUGAAGUAGCAAUUGAUGAGAUGUCCAAGAAAGUUUCCGAACUUAACCAGCUUUGCACAAUGGAUGAUGUGGACAUGAUCAGAUUGCAACUCAAACUCCAAGGAAGUGUCAGUGUGAAAGUCAAUGCUGGCCCAAUGGCCUAUGCCCGAGCUUUUCUUGAAGAAACAAAUGCAAAGAAAUACCCUGACAACCAAGUAAAGCUUUUGAAGGAAAUCUUCAGGCAGUUUGCAGAUGCAUGUGGGCAAGCCCUGGAUGUGAAUGAGCGCCUUAUCAAGGAGGACCAGUUGGAGUACCAGGAAGAACUGAGGGCACAUUACAAGGACAUGCUCAGUGAACUCUCUGCAGUCAUGAAUGAGCAGCUCUGUCGUGGUCCGUGUUUAUACAGCUUCUGUUCCUCUGUGUCUAGUAUUUCCCUCAGUACUGUAAGCAAAAGUGAUUAUGGUCCGGGACGACCCACCAAAGCGCGGAGUGGAGCGAACUUGCACUCGAGUAACUAGCAAGACGACUCCAGCCCUGCCCACUGUCUCUGUCUCAUCAAGUGCUGAAGUUUGAGGGGAGGUCUGCAGCAUCAGACACACCUCUCAGAGACCUUUCUGAGUUUGCAGCUAAUCUCGGGGAAGAGAAAGAUAGAUUUAAUUUAUUUGCAGUUUUUAUGGUGUUAAUAUUUUUGUUUACCUCGCUAGCUUGAGAGUUUUGCCAGCCUCUGAAUUUGCACAAUUUCCUAUUAUUAUUUUUCUCUGAGCAGUGUUGAUCAAGCCAAGCUGAAUAUUUGCCAUGAAAUUCCAAUGAAUGUGUAGCUCAAAGCAAAUUCUGAGUUUGCUGUCAGUUAUAUGUUCAAUUCCCAGUCCCAGUACACAUAUUUUAAAGGUCAAAGUGAAUGUUUUUGUAACAUUGAAGCAUAUUUCAGAUGUAAAUAGAAGAUUGUAAAAUAUAUGGUUUUUACCAAAUUUAAAAGAACCUUUUUAGUUAAUACUUAUGACAAUGCUAGAAUUAUAUGAAUAACAUUUCAGAUACCAUUAUAUUAAAAAUAUUUGUCUAUGUGUACAAAAGUGUUGAUAAAUACUAAUCUUUAAAAUUUGUGGAGUUCCUUUAUUUGUAAUAUAUGUUCUCUUAAAAGCAAUGGGAUGUGAAAUUAUAGAAGUAUUUUGUUGUUGUUAAUAGAAAUAAAAAAUUCGGUUACUUUGCA